AAAAAAAUUCACAUCAUUUUCUAUGAAGACCUUAAUUUUCAAGGUCGGCACCACGAGUACGUGAGCGACUGCGCCGACCUGCAUCCAUACUUCAACCGCUGCAACUCCAUCCAGGUGGAGAGCGGCUGCUUCAUGGUGUACGAAAGGCUCCACUACCUGGGUCACCAGUACUUCCUGCGCAGGGAGGAGUACUCGGACAACCAGCGCAUGAUCGGCAUCAACGACUGCAUCCGCUCCUGCCGCAUGAUUCCGUUGGUUGACGGCGCCGCUGGAGGAUGUUGCUAA